AUGGGUACAGGGCAUAGGAAGAUCAUCCUGUGUAUUCAUCGUGUCCUCCAAUCACUGCCACCAAGUUACAAGAACUUCGUGAUGAACUACAACAUGCAGAACAUGAACAAAGAGUUACCUGAACUCUUCUCCAUGCUGAAGUCUGCUGAAGUAGAAAUAAAGAAGGAGAACCAAGUGUUGAUGGUCAACAAGACCACCAGUUUCAAGAAACAGGGCAAGCCGAACAAGGGCAACUUCAAGAAGGGCGGCAAGAAAGUUGCAGCGCCUCCUGAGAAGCCUAAGGCUGGUCCUAAGCCUGAGACUGUGUGCUACUACUGCCAGGGGAAGGGGCACUGGAAGCGGAACUGCACCAAAUACUUGGCCGAUCUGAAGAGCGGCCACGCUAAGAAGAAAGGUAUAUUUGAUAUACAUGUUAUAGAUGUCUAUCUUACUGGUUCUCGUAGUAGUGCCUGGGUAUUUGAUACUGGGGUCUAA